GGGGCGCGGGGCGGAGGCGGCCGGCGGGACGGACGCGGCCGGGGCUGGAGCGCGGGCAGAGCGGAGGCCGCAGCCAGGGGCGGCGGGAGCGGGACGGGCCGGGCUCCAUGGCGCCAGCGGCGUCCGCCUGAGCAGCGCGAGCAGCGACGGGUGGCGGGCGGAUCGGGCCGCGGCUCUUCCUCGCCAUGGGGGACGUGCUGUCCACGCACCUGGACGACGCCCGGCGCCAGCACAUCACAGAGAAAACCGGGAAGAUCCUGACGGAGUUCCUCCGUUUUUAUGAGGACCAGUAUGGCGUGGCCCUCUUCAACAGCAUGCGCCACGAGAUCGAGGGCACGGGGGCGCCGCAGGCCCAGCUGCUCUGGCGCAAGGUGCCAUUGGAUGAGCGCAUCAUCUUCUCUGGGAACCUGUUCCAGUACCAGGAGGACAACAAGAAGUGGAGGAACCGCUUCAGUCUCGUGCCUCACAACUAUGGGCUGGUGCUCUACGAGAACAAAGUGGCCUACGAGCGACAGGUCCCACCACGGGCUGUCAUCAACAGUGCAGGCUACAAAAUCCUCACCUCUGUGGAUCAGUACCUGGAGCUCGUCGGCAACUCUUUACCAGGGACCACAUCAAAAUCGGGCAGUGCCCCCAUCCUCAAGUGCCCCACGCAGUUCCCGCUCAUCCUCUGGCACCCUUCUGCACGGCACUACUACUUCUGCAUGAUGACGGAAGCGGAGCAGGACAAGUGGCAUGCGGUCCUGCAGGACUGUAUCCGGCACUGCAACAAUGGCAUCCCUGAGAACUCCAAGGUAGAGGGCCCUGCGUUCACGGACGCCAUCCGCAUGUACCGCCAGUCCAAGGAGCUGUACGGGACCUGGGAGAUGCUGUGUGGGAACGAGGUGCAGAUCCUGAGCAACCUGGUGAUGGAGGAGCUGGGCCCUGAGCUGAAGGCGGAGCUCGCCCCGCGGCUGAAGGGGAAACCGCAGGAGCGACAGCGGCAGUGGAUCCAGGUAGGUGGGUGUGGGUGUGGAGGCGGGGGUCCCGGACCCGCCUGGCACCCUCACGCUGACUCGCGGCACUGCCCCCAGAUCUCAGACGCUGUGUACCGCAUGGUGUACGAGCAGGCCAAGGCACGCUUUGAGGCGGUGCUGUCCAAGCUGCAGCUGGCCCGGCCAGCCAUGGAGGCGGCCAUCCGCACGGACAUGGACCAGAUCAUCACCUCCAAGGAGCACCUGGCCAGCAAGAUCCGAGCCUUCAUCCUCCCCAAGGCAGAGGUGUGCGUCCGGAACCACGUCCAGCCCUACAUCCCGUCCAUCCUGGAGGCCCUGAUGGUGCCCACCAGCCAGGGCUUCACCGAGGUACGGGAUGUCUUCUUCAAAGAGGUGACGGACAUGAACCUGAACGUCAUCAACGAGGGCGGUGCUGACAAGCUGGGUGAGUACAUGGAGAAGCUGUCCCAGCUGGCGUCCCACCCCCUCAAGAUGCAGAGCUGCUACGAGAAGAUGGAGCCACUGCGGCUUGACGGGCUGCAGCAGCGUUUCGAUGUGUCCAGCACGGCCGUGUUUAAGCAGCGAGCCCAGAUCCACAUGCGAGAGCAAAUGGACAAUGCCGUGUACACCUUCGAGACCCUCCUGCACCAGGAGCUGGGGAAGGGGCCCACCAAGGAGGAGCUGUGCAAGUCCAUCCAGCGGAUCCUGGAGCGCGUGCUCAAGAAAUACGACUACGAUAGUAGCUCGGUGCGGAAGCGAUUCUUCCGGGAGGCGCUGUUGCAGAUCACCAUCCCCUUCCUGCUCAAGAAGCUGGCACCCACGUGCAAGUCGGAGCUGCCCCGGUUCCAGGAGCUGAUCUUCGAGGACUUUGCCAGGUUCAUCCUAGUGGAGAACACGUACGAGGAGGUGGUGUUGCAGACGGUGAUGAAGGACAUCCUGCAGGCUGUGAAGGAGGCCGCUGUGCAGAGGAAACACAACCUGUACCGGGACAGCAUGGUCAUGCACAAUAGUGACCCCAACUUGCACCUGCUGGCGGAGGGUGCACCCAUCGACUGGGGUGAGGAGUAUGGUGGCAGUGGUGGGGACAGUGGCAGCCCCAGCGUCCCGGAAGCAGCCCCACUCUCGGAAAAGCGACGGCGUGCCAAGCAGGUGGUGUCCGUGGUCCAGGACGAGGAGGCAGGGCUGCCUUUUGAGGCUGGCUCGGAGCCACUAUCACCUGCGUCCCCGGACAGUGUCACCGAGCUACGCGGUCUGCUGGCCCGGGAUCUGCGGGCUGAGAGCCCCCCGCUGGCUGGCCCUCUGCUCAACGGGGCCCCCUCCCAAGAGAGCCCCCAGCCCGUGGCAGCCCCUGAGGCCUCCUCGCCGCCAGCCUCGCCCCUUCGGCAACCCCCUCCUGGAAAAGCUGCGGACCUUGAGCCCCCCAAACCUAGUGACCAGGAGACUGGGGAGCAGGUAUCCAGCCCUGGUGGCCGCGCCCCCAUCCACACCACCACCGAGGACAGCGCAGGGGUACAGACUGAGUUCUAGGCCGGUCGCCCCUGAGCUUCUGCUGGACAUGGGUCACCCCCUCCAAGGCACAGGCAGGCUUGGCUCUAGGCGGGGAGCCCCGGGUCUGUGCCUUGGGGUGGAGGUCGGUGGGGCCAUUGUUGCACCUCUGGGGCUGGGCAGGGGUGGCCCACCUGAGUCACUUUAUUGGGUUUGGUCACACUUUGCUCCUGUUUUCUCUUCUGUGGCAUGAUCUUGGGCUUCCUGCAUGUGCUGGAAGCUGGGCACAGCCGAGGGGCUGAGGUGUACCCAGUGAUCACCGAUUCCCUGGGUCCUCCUCUCCUGCCUUUUAUGGCCUCGGUUUCCCUCCCGGGUCUCGCCAGCCUUCUCAGAAAGAUGGAGGUAGAGUGGUUGCUUGUUGUGUUACUUGGCCACUGGCUUCUCUCCCUUCUCACCAAGGGCUUUAUCAGAACCAGGACCAGGGAGCACUGGGGGCCCCAGUGUCCUCCUCAAUCCAGGCUGGGGCCCGAGAGGCCAGUUUGGGGGGGGGACACGGGCCUUGUUUUCCCUGCUCUGGGUGAGGGGAGGUACAAGGAGGGGUCUUCCGGCUGUAGCCAGGCUGGGGCUGCUGGGUUGAGGGGGAUGCCUCAUGGAGGAGGAGGGGUGAGGCGGCUUGGAUUAGAAUGAAAAGGGCCCAGAAUGUGCUGGUCUGUGGAGAGGAAGUGUCUCAAGGGAGGGAAGAGGGGGUCUGUGGGGAAGUAUUGCUGGGAGUGUCUUCAAGGCAGGCUGAGGCGGCAGAGGGAAGGCUGCUGGAAGUGGAGCAGGCUUCUGCAACCCCCCCCCCCCCCCACCCCCGGCGCUUAGCCUAUCUCCUGCCUAUUGGCAGCCAGCCUCCCGGAGUCCCUCUGUCCCCCUUGCCUGUCUCGGCCACAUGCUGCAGGGUGGGAUGGAGGGGAGCUUGGCUGUGUGCUCGGAGACGGGGUCUGUGGGGUGGGGGUGGAGAUUCAUCCGUGGGCCACCCCCAAGGUACACAUUGUCCACCAGGGGAGCUGAGUACAGCUCCCCAAGGCGCUGCCGGUGGCCCCUCUGAGGAUUUGGGGUCAGGCUGUGGCUUGGCCGUUGUUGCCUCCAAGUCACCUCACCCUGCAAAUUCCCUUCUCAGAUGCGCUCCUUCCACAGCGGCUUGUUCCUAGGGGUGAAGGUCUAGCUGAGGUAGCUCCACCCUGGCAGCCCUGUCUCCAGGGACCAGGACUUCCUGCCUGCCCCAGCGCCCUCCUCUGCCCCGCACCCUCCGUCCCCUUCCUAGGGCAGGGGCUUCAGACCCAUGGGACAUACGGUGGUGGCUGGUGCUCAGGGCCCCCUUGGUCCCCUCAGCCGGACUCUCCAGUGCCUCAUUAACCUUCUGCCAUCUCGUUCAUGUGUUCAGAUGCUCUCCUCUAGUGCCUUGGGGUUUUCUCAAUCGUCAUUCCCAGAUAUUGUACUGAAAAUAUUAUGCAAACUGGUUAAGCUUUACUAAUCAAUAAAUGAUUUAAAGCCA